CGUCAACAUCUCUUGAUAAUUGAAAUAAUUUUCUCUUUGCAUCCACUUCAUCUACAUCUAUACUAUAUUCUCUUCUCUGCUAUUGCCAUAAACAAUAAACAAUGGCUGAAAUCGUUCUUUCUGCCUUGUUCACAUUAGUCUUUGAAAAGCUGACCUCUGAAGCCUUGAAGAAGAUGGCUCGCUCCAAGGGAAUUGAUUCAGAGCUUAAGAAAUUGAAGAAGACAUUAGACCAGGUCAAAGAUCUGCUUAACGAUGCUUCUCAGAAGGAAGUAAUUGAUGAAGCUGUUAAAAGAUGGCUGAUUGAUCUCCAACAAUUGGCUUACGACACUGAUGACCUGCUUGAUGAUAUCGCAACAGAAGCUAUUCAUCGUGAGUUGACCCGUGAAACUGGAGCUUCCGCCAGCGUGGUAAGAAAGCUAAUCCCAAGUUGUUGCACAAGUUUCUCACAAAGUAAUAGGAUGCAUGCCAGGUUAGAUGAUAUUGCCGCUAAGUUACAAGAACUGGUAGAGGCGAAACAUAAUCUUGGUUUAAGUGUGAUAACAUACGAAAAACCCAAAAUUGAAAGAGAUGAGGCAUCUUUGGUAGAUGCAAGUGGUAUCAUUGGACGUGAAGAUGAUAAGAAAAAAUUGCUUCAGAAGCUGUUGGGGGAUACUUAUGAAUCAAGUAGUCAAAACUUCAACAUCGUGCCCAUAGUUGGUAUGGGUGGGGUUGGUAAAACAACUCUAGCUAGACUUUUGUAUGAUGAAAAGAAAGUGAAGGAUCACUUCGAACUCAGGGCAUGGGUUUGUGUUUCUGAUGAGUUCAGUAUCCUCAAUAUAAGCAGGGUUAUUUAUCAAUCAGUGACCGGUGAAAACAAGGAAUUUGCAGGUUUAAAUCUGCUUCAAGAAGCUAUUAAAGAGAAACUUCAGAACAAACUAUUUCUAAUAGUUUUAGAUGACGUAUGGUCUGAAAGCUAUGGUGAUUGGGAAAAAUUGGUGGUCCCAUUUCUUGUGGGGGCUUCUGGAAGUAGAAUAAUCAUGACUACUCGGAAGGAGCAAUUGCUCAAACAGUUGGGUUUUUCUCAUCAAGACCCUUUCCACAGUCUAGACCCUUUACAGCGUCUAUCACAAGACAAUUCUUUGUCGUUGUUUGCUCAGCAUGCAUUGGGUGUGGAUAACUUUGAUUCACAUCCAACACUAAGGCCACAUGGGGAACAGUUUGUGAAAAAAUGUGGGGGCUUGCCUUUGGCUUUAAGAAUACUCGGGAGGUUAUUGAGGACAAAAACAGAUGAGGAAGAAUGGAAAUAUCUGUUGGAUAGUGAGAUAUGGAAUUUAGGAAAUGGAGAUAAGAUUGUUCCUGUUCUUAGACUAAGCUACAAUGAUCUUUCUGCCACUUUGAAGCUGUUGUUUGGGUACUGCUCCUUGUUCCCCAAGGACUAUGAGUUUGACAAAGAGGAGUUGGUUUUGUUGUGGAUGGCAGAAGGGUUUUUGCACCACUCUGCUGCAAGAAAGUCAAUGCAACAGUGGGGUCACAAAUGUUUUGAAGAGUUGCUAUCAAGGUCAUUUUUUCAACAUGCUCCUAAUGACAAAUCGUUGUUUGUGAUGCAUGACCUCCUGAAUGACAUGGCCACAUUUGUUGCUGGAGAUUUUUUUUCAAGGUUAGAUAUUGAGAUGAAGCGGGAAUUUAGGAAGGAAGUUUUGCAAAAACACCGACAUAUGUCACUUGUUUGUGAGGAUUACAUGGUGUACAAAAGGCUUGACCCAUACAGAGGAGCUAAAAAUUUGAGAACAUUUUUAGCAUUGUCUAUUGGGGUGCUAAAAGAUUUGGAAAAUUUUUACUUAUCAAAUAAGGUCCUGAGUGACUUACUUCAGGAUUUACCAUUGUUAAGGGUCCUAAGUUUGAGUAAUCUUAGCAUAAGCGAGGUACCAAAAGUCGUCGGUAGUAUGAAGCACUUGCGGUAUCUUAAUCUAUCUCGAACUAGAAUCGCAAAUUUACCGGAAAAUGUCUGCAAUCUUUAUAAUUUACAGACGCUGAUUGUUUCUGGCUGUAAAAUGUUAACUGAGUUGCCCAAGAGCUUCUCAAAGCUUAAAAAUUUGCAGCAUUUUGACAUGAGGAAUACUUGGAGGUUGAACGAGAUACCCUUAGGGAUUGGUGAGUUGAAAAGUCUACAAACUCUCUUCAGUGACAUUGGCUUGGCAAUAACUGAGCUUAAGAACUUGCAAAAUCUCCAUGGGAAAGUUUGUAUUCCGGGGCUGGGCAAUGUGCAGAAUGCAAUGGAUGCACGUGCGGCGAACUUAUCGCAAAAGAGGUUUAGUGAGUUAGAGUUGAAUUGGGGUUCUGAGUUUAAUGUUUUCCGAACGGGAACACUUGAAAAAGAGGUCCUCAAUGAGUUGAUGCCUCAUAAUGGUACUCUAGAAAAACUCAACAUUGUGUCAUAUAGGGGUAUAGAGUUUCCAAAUUGGGUUGGGGAUCCCUCCUUUCGUCGGUUGACUCAUGUGUCAAUAGAAGGGUGUGAAGAAUGUACAUCUCUACCAAUGCUUGGGCAACUACCAUCACUGAAGGAACUGUUUAUUGGUGGGAUGAGUAAGGUGAAGAUUGUAGGUUUGGAGUUACUUGGGACCGGCCUUGUGUUUCCUUCACUUGAAAUCCUACGGUUUGAUAGUAUGUCAGGUUGGGAGGAAUGGUCAACAAAUAGUGGGGCGUUUCCUUGCCUUCAAGAGCUUCAUAUUGAAGAUUGUCCUAAUCUGGUUCAAGUCUCACUUGAAGCACUGCCUUCACUAAGGGUUCUGAAACUAAGAAUAUGUGGUCAUGGUUUAUUGAAAAGACUGGUCUACGUAGCUUCAUCAAUCACCAAGUUGGAAAUAGAUGAUAUUUCAGGGCUUACUGAUGAGCUGUGGAGAGGUAUGAUAGGGUUUCUUGGGGCAGUUGAAGAAAUAAACAUCAGGGAAUGUAAUGAAAUAAGAUACUUGUGGGAAUCAGAAGUAGAGGCAAGUAAGGUUAUUAUGAAUUUAAAGAAGUUGGAUGUAUAUUCUUGUUCAAAUUUGAUGAGUUUAGGGGAGAAAGAAGAGGAUAACAUUCAUAGUGGGAGCAGCCUAACAUCCUUUAGGACGUUGAAAGUAUGGAAAUGUAACAGUUUGGAGCACUGCAGUUGUCCAGAUAGCGUGGAGGAUUUGGAUAUUGAAAGUUGUGAUUCAAUUACAUCCGUCUCCUUCCCAACAGGAGGAGGGCAGAAGCUCAAGUCACUUACCAUCACCGAUUGCAAGAAACUAUUGGAAAAGGAAUUGGGAGGAAGAGAGAAGACAAAUUUGAAGCCGAUUAAUGAAUUGAGUUGUUUCAUUUACCUCACCACGUUGGCAAUAUCAGAAUGUCCAAGUAUAGAGUCAUUUCCCGACCAUGAGUUGCCUAAUCUCACUUUGUUAACAUAUCUGAAAAUACAAAAUUGUAUAUGUAUGGAUGCAUCCUUUCCUCGUGGGCAUUGGCCUCCGAAAUUGUGUCGGCUUGAAAUAGGAGGGUUGAAGAAGCCCCUCUCAGAGUGGGGCCCCCAGAAUUUUCCAACAUCACUUUCUAACCUAAAAUUACAUGCCGGACCAUAUGAUGGCAUGAAAAAGUUUGAUCAGUUGUCACAUCUUCUUCCUUCAUCUCUUACUAUUUUUGGCAUAGAUGGAUUUGAGAAACUGGAAUCGGUUUCUACGGGACUCCAACACCUCACCUCCCUCCAACGUCUCAUCAUUCAGAAGUGCCCAAAGACCAUAGAUCUACCAGAAAACUUGUUGCCUUCACUUCUGAGUUUGAUAAUAUUCAAAUGCCCAAAUCUGAAAGAAAGGUUCGGUAGAGGUGGCUCCUAUUGGCCUCGCGUCUCCCUUAUCCCAUGCUUCAAGAUAGAUGGAUACUUCCAUAAUUAAUAUGAAGUUUUCCACACUUACAGCCAAGCAAUACAACAUGAAAGGUCGGUGGAUGCAAUGAAUUUUUAAAUGAAAACAUCUGAGGAAAUAAAAUAUCAAAUGAUGAUGGUUUACAAAGAAAGACAUUUAUAUGGUGCUGCUUCUGGUUUACAAGGUGAAUGACUUACUGUCCAACUAUCAUCCAUGGAAGUUAAGUGCAGAACUCCUAAUGAUUGAAGCUGUGAAGCUUCAAUGCUUUUUACCUGUUGCAUCUUUUCAAUCAUUUAAACUAGGCUCAAUUUCUGUAUAGCCUUGAUGUUGUGAUCUUGUUUUGCUUUUACAUAAAAACUAUGUAAAGCUAUACAUCUGUCUCAGUUCCAAAUUGAUUACCUAAUGUCUAAAGCCAAACUCUAUAGAAAUUAUUAUAAGGUUAAUUUUGUGA